AUCUAAUCACAUGUCGAAACGCAUUAUGCUUAUUGUCAUGCUUACUGAUUUUUCGCGCUAGCAAUGAGCCAGUUCCUGUACUGUGAAGAGACAUGCAGAUACGAGCUGCAGAAGAGAAUCUAGCCAUCCGGGGGUGUUUCUCAAGGAGCAUUCAUCUACACUCAGAGAAUGUGUUUCCUCGGAUGGAAGUCAUACGAUAUGACAAAGUACCAAGAACGGGGUAUAAAAAGAUGAACAUGGCCUUGGACUGGGAAAUACAACUUCUCAGCAUUUGCAGAUAAAGUGAGAAAAAAAAAUGGCGACCUUCGAACGAUGCAAACUUCUUUUUUCCCUCUACAUUCUUCUCCCUUUGGCUAUUCUCGCAAACCCAGCUCAUGGGGCUCCUUAUCAGACUCGUAUUCUUGAGACCGGCAGUACCUUCAGUGCUCCAGAUCCACAUGGCCCAUGGCAAAUGAUUCCCAGCAAUCCCACCGAAGACCUGGCCUACAUCAAAACCACCAAUACCGGAACUGGGAAGGUAGAGGUUCACAUCGCGUCGGGUUCAUCUGGAUUCAGGACUCGCACCCUUGAAGUCGGAACAACAUUUGUCUCUGAGGAUAAUGGAACGUGGCAACUGAUUGAUGCAGACGGUGAUGGCAGACCUGAUCUUGUUUACAUUAAGACCAGGAAUACCGGGACCGGUAGGGUGGAGGUACACAUUGCGUCCGCGUCAUCCAACUAUCAGACACGUAUUCUGGAAACGGGAACCACGUUCUACCCGGAGGAUAAUGGUGUUUGGCAGAUGGCAGACUUCGACCGUGAUGGAAAGCUGGAUCUAAUUUAUAUUAAGACCCGUAAUACAGGCACAGGGAAGGUCGAAGUGCACGUGGCAUCUGGAGCAUCAAACUACCAGAGGCGAAUCCAGGAGGUUGGGACGACAUUUUACCCAGAAGAUAAUGGCGCCUGGCAGAUGGUCGACUUCGAUCGCGAUGGAAAAUUGGAUCUAGCUUACAUCAAGACUCAGAACACGGGAACUGGAAAGGUUGAGGUGCAUGUUGCGUCUGGCUCGUCCACUUACAACACUCGCGUUCAGGAGGUUGGCACAACCUUCUACCCGGAGAACAAUGGAUUCUGGGAAUUGAGUGAUUUCAAUCACGAUGGCACCCUUGAUCUAGUAUAUAUCAAGACGCGCGACACCGGAACUGGAAGCAUUGAAGUCCAUGUGGCGUCAGGAAAGUCGUGAUCCACAGCUGACGGCGAGGUUUGGCGAUGAUGCAGCUGAAUGUCUCGAAUAACUUAGUAUAACCAACCAUCGAUAGUAUCAUUUAAUGGGAAUUUCUUUGACAUAGUACAACUCACUGAUAGUGGUAUCGUCUUUC